CAUUUCGCCAUGAGGCUGUUCGCAGUGAUUUUUUGGAUAGGCUGGGCCUUCGGCCAAGCGAAUUCUAAAAGCCCGAGUGCCGAGACGGGCAGACUGAUAGCAUCUCUUCAAGCUGCUCCGGCUCCGGCGCCAGCACAAAGUGUGAUCUAUAAGCUGCCACCACAGCACUACUAUCCGCCACCACCGCCGCCGCCUCCGCCACAGCACUGUAAUUGCCCGCCAGGUCCACCGGGUCCUCCUGGACCACCGGGCUUACCAGGAACCCCUGGUCCGCAAGGUCCCAAAGGACACACUGGGUCCAAGGGCGAGCGAGGAGAGAAGGGAGAGCGCGGUCACUACGGACUACCAGGCCAACCAGGUCAACCGGGACCCAUUGGCCCACCGGGACUACCGGGCCCACCCGGUCACAAAUCGGGACAUGGUCAUCAUGAUCAUCAUGAUCACCACCAUCAUCAUCCAGCGCCUCCACCGCCACCACCUCCGCCUCCGCCGCCUCCACCACCUCCACCUCCACCACCACCACCACCACACCCACACCCGCAUCCACAUCAUCCGCACCCACCAAUCGUGACGCCUCCAAUUAUAGUUCCCAUUCCAUUGCCACCGCAGAAAGGUGACCAUGGUCACCAUCAUCACCACAAGGGAUCCAAGGGUCCGCCCGGACCUCCAGGUCCACCAGGAACGGGACCACCGGGUCCUCCAGGACCUCCAGGCAUUACGUAUCCACCUCCACCACCACCACCACCACCACCACCACCACCACCAUCGUACCCAUACCCACCGUACCCGUAUCCACCACCUGGUCCUUAUCCAGGACCAUGGAUUCCUCUGCCAGUGCCAGUGCCCUGGCCCUCAAAGGGACAUAAGGGAGACAAAGGUCACAAAGGAGGCCACAAGGGCGGACACCACCAUCACUAUUACCCGCCAGGACACGAUAAGGGAGGCCACUAUCCGUAUCCACCCCACGGCGGCCAUGGAGGCCAUCACCAUCCAGGUCAUAACUAUCCAGGACCCUAUCCGCCACCCUAUCCACCUUACCAUCCACAUAAUGGCGGUGACAAGGGACAUCACCAUCAUCCACCCCACAAUCACGGAGGACACCAUCACGGGGGACACAACAACCAUCAUCCACCUCACAACGGAGAGCACAACCAUAAUCAUCCCCCACACAAUCACGGAGGGCAUAACCCACAUAAUACACACCACCAACACCCCCAUCAUUAUCAACCAAAACCCACUAAGCCAGAGGGUAGUGGCGAACAAACUCCACGGGAUGAUCUGGACUUGCUGGAUGAAAAUGUGGAGAUUGUCGAAAACAUAAUUGAUGAAAAUGAAAACGAAAAUGAUUUCAUGGAGGGCGAGGAGGAAAUGUCCCAUGAGCACAAUGACUUGGAAACUGAACCAGAGGAUGCGGGCUACGGCCUUGAAUAUGCAGAUAACACUGUGGAGAACCACGAAUCUCCGAGUGGCACUGAAGAAAUCGAUGAUGAGGAUCCAGGCUAUAUGGUAUCAGGAGGAGAAGAUGCGAUGGAAGAGGACCAUAUGAUGGAGGACCAGAUGGACCCAGAGAAUAUGACGGAGGAUAACGCACCUAUGGAUGGAGAUGCAAUUGAGGAGCGAACCAACAAAGGUCCGAUUAUCCUGUCGAUUGGAACUCCUCGAAAUCCUUUUCACAUUUACGCCUAUGAACAGUAUGAUACAUAAAUAAGCCAACGCCACAACACCAACAAAAUAAAAAAUAACUUUAAAAUAUGAA